AACACACAAUCGUAGACACCUGCGUUGUACAGGUGAAAUCGUUGAACUGUUACAGAUCGUGUGUGUGCGUGUUGCCACGGUAACGGCGUUCAACCUAGGCUUCAGGUAAAGCGCGCGCAAGAAACUUCCCCCGGCACGAGAGAAUGAUCCAGAAAGGUCUCCAGACGGUGAUAGUGAAACCAGCGAUUUCGAGAGAUACGUCAUUGCGCAGGAGAACGAGGAAACAUUUUGCCCUGUCAUAUUUAGCUACGGAUUGAACUCGAUUAUCCAACAGCACAUUGUGACGAAUACUGCCUUUUUGGAGCGGAAAGAACUAGAUAGCAAGAGAUGCAGCCAGCAACAGCAAAGUGGUUUGACAGAAGGGACUCGGUGUUCAUUGAGUUCCUGGUAGAAGACAGCAAAGAUCUUAAAGUAAAGUUUGAAAAAUCAAAACUUGAUUUUCGUUGUGUUGGCGGGAUUGAAAACCUCAAACACCAAAAUGAUUUGGACCUUUUCGACUCAAUUGACCCCAAUGAGUCCAAGCACAAACGUACAGACAGGUCUGUGUUGUGUUGUCUAAAGAAAGCAAAGGCGGGUAUUGCAUGGCCACGGUUAACGAAGGACAAGGCAAAGUUUCAAUGGCUGGGUGUCGACUUCAACAACUGGAAAGACUGGGAAGAUGAUUCUGAUGAGGAUCUGUCCAGUUUCGACAAAUUCUCAGAGAUGAUGAACACGAUGGGAGGAGAAGACGGUAUGCCAGAUCUGGGCAUGGGUGGUAUAGAAGGUCUAAAAGAGCACGACAGUGAUGAUGAAAAGAUGCCAGACUUGGAGUAAUGGGAGCAUUAAAGGACGUUUUGUAACCGAUGACAACAAGGAAGUAAAGCCUCCAAAGGUCGGUAGAAGAGGAAAAAUUAGAGAUGAGUUAUUGGUAGCCGUAUUUGAAAGGAGGAAACGUCACCAGUUUUCCAAACACAUCACAGGAAACUCGCUGACGAAAGACUGUCUGUCGUAACAUGACACCAGAGCAUUCUUUAGCCACUGUCCUAGUGUGGUGCUGUUCUAAUUCUGCAUGGAAAAUUCAGUUGUUUCCAUGAUGUGUUGUUGUGGGGUUUAGUUCUAUCAUCCUUUAACUUAACCAGGGGCCACGUUGUGGAACAUUCAGAUUGAAAUACGUAAUGUAGAUCACACACGCCUCUGACAUGUAGAGUUAAGGAAUCAUGUCGGUUCUAUUCAUGCUAUUUCUAUCUGCAACGUUUGACAAUGUUUGCCUGCUGAAUGUGGCCCUGCUCUGAUGGGAUAAUAUCUUAGUUACACCCCACCUCUCCCUUUUUUUAUUUAAUGUCUGAGGUUACGUAUUAAAUUUAGACAUAUUUGUGAAUUAGGGGGAAAAAACAGGUUUCAAAAUAACCGCCUAUUUUCAAUAAAGUAGUUUCUUUUUUAAAUAAAAAAUGUCCCAUUUUAUUGUUCAUACUGUUCAUUUUUGUUUCAGUUAGAUUUGUGUUAUGUAUCUAUAGUUUUAACUCCAAGCAAAUAUUUUCCCAGUGUACAUUAACAUGCAAAUAUUACAGGUAAUAGUUCAUUCAUUGAUUUUAAAUAUUGAGGUAUUUAAAUGAAUAUGCAUGUUAACCUUAUUUUACAGUAUAUCUUAAGUUGUACGUUAUAAUGAUACAACCUUUCCGUGCAAUUGCAUUUUGCGAGGAUGUUUUUUCUUUAGUAUAUAUCAAUGUAAAUACCGAACAUUUUCAAAGGAUAUACCGGUAGUUUAUUUCAACAUUUUGGACAUUUUGUAUCAAACAAAAGUGUUGGAGCAGAUGUCAAAAAUAUUAUUUAUUCUGUUUUCAAAAGGGUGCAGAAACAUAACAAAAACAUAACUUGUCAAUAAAUUACCUAAUUUAAUUAGCAAGUGUUAAAGCAAAUGCACUACUAUGUUUCGGCAACUUUUUUUUUUGCAGAUCAGGUUAAAUAAAUUUCAGUUUGUUAAAUGCAGUGGGAAUUUUUGUUUACGUAUUUCUAAUAAACUGUCUGAGACUAAGUUGA